UUGACUUGUCUAAAAUGGCAAGAAAUGAGGAGAAGCAUUAUGGAAAGCUAAACAGAUUAUGGCUUCAGAGAGAAAGACAAGAGGGUCGAAUCAGAGCUGUUCAUACUUCAAGACCAAAUCUUGCAACACUCAAUUCCGUCGCUUCUGUGAAAAAGUGGAUUCCAAGCAUCAAAAGCGAAAUAGAGUACUACCUACAGCAGUCCCAACUGACUCACUACCCAGAGAGGAAGAUUGCGGAAUUCCAACAGCGCAUAAAAGAGCUAGAGAGAGAGUACAAGUGUUACCUCCGCAAACUUCGCUCUCUUGACCCGACCUGCAAACACCCACCCAGAGGCUACGUGAGGAGGAGAGCAGAGUUUGACGGCAGUUGUGCUGCUAAGGGACUGUGCAGUGCUCUCUCCAGUAACCAGAUGGAUCAGAGACCCACCAUCCUGCAUGAUAAUGAAGAAACAGGAGAUGAGCAAACAGUCAGUGCAGACAAACAGUCAGCACUCUUCUCCCCAGCACCCAGCACUGCCCUAGACACAGAGACACCAGAACAGGACCGUCCUCUGGCCUUUCAACAUUCCAAGUUGGCGGUGGCCAGACCACGGGUGGUACGUAUGGAUCAAAACACAGACAGCCUGGCACAGGUGUUGUUCACUGGCCUCCCCAACCUCCACACCUCCGCGCUGGCGUGUGCCACAGCAGUGCACGGAAGAGGUGAGGAAAGAAAAGCAGUUCCGACCAGCCCCGCUCCAGCUCAGCAUCGCUCUGGGCAUGUCCUUGGACUUGGAUGCUACUCUUCAUCUUCAGAUGAAGAUACAUGAUUGGACAAGGAACUGGCAGCUGUUGUCCAACUUUGUACUACAGAUUUUACAUCCAGAGUUACAGAUUUUACAUCC